AUGUUCUCCACUGUGAUGUUGGUGGUAAUAUUAUUACUCCUACUGUUUUAUCUGUCAUCAAGAAAACCAAAAGGAUAUCCUCCAGGCCCGAAAUGGUGGCCGAUUUUGGGUUGCGCCAUAGAGGUGGCUCACCUUCGCCAGAAAACUGGUUACCUGAUCAAAACCUUUUCUGCUUUAUCCAAAAAAUAUGGGCCAGUGGUCGGUCUGAAAAUCGGUACUGAUCGUAUCGUAGUAUUAAAUGACUAUAAAAGUAUCCGAGCGAUGUUAACGGACGAAGACUGCGAUGGUAGACCAACUGGUCCAGUAUAUCAAACAAGAACUUUUGGUUCAAGAAAAGGUCUAAUAGUAGUAGAUGGAAAUCUAUGGGUGGAACAAAGAAGAUUCGUUUUGAAACAUCUUCGUGAUUUCGGAUUUGGCCGCAAAAGUAUGGCCACGAUAAUAGAGGAAGAAGCAAUGUCGCUCGUCGGACACUUCAAAAAGUUAAUCGACAGCGAUUACAAUGAACGAAUCAACGAAUCUAAAAUACAUUGUAAUAAUAACGAGAACGUUGAUGGACAGAUAUACAAACUGAUAAAGAAGGACAACGUGGAUACAUCAAAGUCCACGGAUAAAUACAUAACAAAUAAAAAACACUUAAGAUCUUCAGAUAAGUACGCGAACAUGAUCGAUUACAUGGAGAUAAAAAAAAUGGAUCGAUCCUGUGAUGGAAUAGUUGUCCCAAUGCACGAUGCCUUUGGUGUCACGGUACUCAACACCCUAUGGAUAAUGAUGGCUGGUAAAAGGUUCAACGUUGACGAUCAGGAUUUGACUUAUUUGCAACAGAUUCUGGCGACACUUAUGAACGAAAUCGACAUGAUCGGUGCACCAUUCGGUCACUUCCCGAUAUUAAGGUUCAUCGCACCAGAAAUGUCCGGGUACAAAUCGUUUCUGGAGAUCCAUCAGAAGCUCUGGAAAUUUUUAAGGGAUGAAUUGGAUGGUCACAGAAAUACAUUUACACCAAACUCACCAAGGGACUUGAUGGACGUCUACCUGGAUGUUCUAAGUUCCAAGAAUUAUAGCAAUUCGUUUUCAGAGGCUCAAUUACUUGCAAUUUGCGUGGACUUGUUCAUGGCAGGCUCUGAAACAACGUCCAAAUCUCUUGGUUUCUGUUUCUUAAACUUGAUGCUGAAUCCGCAUGUACAGAAGAAAGCACACGAAGAAAUAGACAGAGUAAUCGGACGAAACAGACCACCCACUCUGGAAGAUAGAUCAAAAAUGACAUACAUGAAUGCAAUCGUCCUAGAAUCGUUAAGAAUAUUCAUGGGACGAACAUUAAACGUACCUCAUAGAGCGUUAAGGGAUACCUCGAUAUCGGGCCACAGGAUACCAAAAGAUACGAUGCUUAUCGUAAAUUUUGAAAGAAUAUUGAUGGGUGAAUCAUGGGGUGAUCCAGAAAACUUUCGACCAGAAAGAUUUAUCAAUGAAAGUGGUAACAUCGUUACGCCACAGACAUAUUUUCCAUUUAGCAUUGGAAGACAUCGUUGUAUGGGAGAAAACUUAGCCAGGAGCAACAUAUUCAUUAUAACCACUACAUUGCUGCAAGCAUUCACGUUUUCUCCAGUACCAGGAGAAGAGAAACCGUCUUCACAAGAUUUCGUCGAUGGUGUGACAGGUGGUCCUAAACCAUUUAGAGCAUUGGUUUCUUUGAGAACGUAACAAAAUAACAUAACAAAUUUUAAUCAAAUUCUGAUCAGGUUCUAGUUUUUAAUUUAAAAAAAGAAAAAAGCAACAUCGUAUAUAUGAUCAUUGUUAAAUAUAGAUUUUCUUUUAAACUGUUUUAUUAUGUAAAAUAUAAGGUAAAUUUGAGUAUACUUUUAAGUGUCUAUGAUUGGAGUACUCUUAUUGAGGAAUUGUUAAAAGUGUGCAAGUAAUGUAUGGUAUGUACUAUAAUAAUUUCUGAUAACAUGUUGCAUCUUGAUGUUCAGAAAAAUAUAUUUUAUUUUAUAUGAAAAUACAUGUAUGUGUAUAUAUUUAUACAUAUAUGUAUAUAAGAAGCUAUAUGAAAUAAAUAAUACAUGAACGAGAACAAUACAAAUUUCAUAUCACCGUUUGCUUUUUACAGUGUAACAAAUAUUCAAAUCUAGAUCUUCAAUAGUAUACUUUUAAUUAUAUAUUACAGAAAAUUGAUAAAUUGCACAUAAAUUACACAUAUUACAAACAUGUAUAUUUCUUCAACGAUUUUUUUCUUUUUUCAAAAUCUUUUUCUUACGAAAAGAUAAAUCACGUAUUUGUUUAAUUGGCCUUAUAUUUCUUAAAAUAGUCUGGCACUUCUUUUUAUCGCCAUGUUAAGUAUACGGCAUUCUUAUGAAUAUUAAUAAUCUUGUGCUUGAGAUUGAAAAGCCACAGAACUUACAAGAAACUCAUGAAAUUAUAAACUGUAUUUUGAUUUCAAAUAAACAAAAUAAUAUUUACUAGGCAGGUACUGUUUUAAUUAGAUGACUGACAAAACUGGUUCCGAAAUUGAACUCGGAAGAAAAAUAAAAUUUGUAUAAUAAAAAUAUAAUUUACAUUGUCCUAA